AGCUGUGUAGAAGCAGGUUGUCUGGCAAGGGCCCGCCCAGCGCUAACGCAACGUGAUUCGCUCUAACAGUAAGGAGGGGGUGCCCGCAUUGCUGCGCAGGCACCCGGCUGCUGGCCCGGGCACCGCCACCUGGCUGCCGGAGCUUUUUUUUUUUCCCCUGCGGGGGGCUGCGAGACCUGGUCCCUGCGCUAGACUAGGAGCAGGAAAAGCCGGGGGUGCGACCCCAGGCUCGCGCGGCCCCGCCCCCGCAGCCAGCCCGCCUGCCGCAGCCGGGGGCCCGAGCUCCGCCCUCCACCCGCCCGCCGGGCAGCCUCCUCCCUCCUCCUCGCUCGCUUGCUCGCUCGCUCGCUCCCUCCCCCGGGCGGGCUCGGCGCUGACUCCGCCGCACGCUGCAGCCGCGGCUGGAAGAUGGCGGGGAACGACUGCGGCGCGCUGCUGGAUGAAGAGCUCUCGUCCUUCUUCCUCAACUAUCUCUCUGACACGCAGCCUCAUUGCUUCAGAUGUGGAUCAGGAGAUAAUUGUGUGGUCUUAGGAAAACAUGGCAUAGCUGCAGAGGACACAGAGGCUUGCCUCCUUGACAUAGGUGGGGACUCUGGAGAGGAACAGCUGUGUGCUGACUUGCCAGAGCUUGACCUCUCCCAGCUGGACGCCAGUGACUUUGACUCAGCCACGUGCUUUGGGGAGCUGCAGUGGUGCCCGGAGACCUCAGAGACAGAGCCCAGCCAGUACAGCCCCGAUGACUCCGAGCUCUUCCAGAUUGACAGUGAGAAUGAAGCUCUCUUGGCUGCGCUUACGAAGACCCUGGAUGACAUCCCCGAAGACGAUGUGGGGCUGGCUGCCUUCCCAGAACUGGAUGAAGGCGACACACCAUCCUGCACCCCAGCCUCACCUGCCCCCUUAUCUGCACCCCCCAGCCCCACCCUGGAGAGGCUUCUGUCCCCAGCGUCUGACGUGGACGAGCUUUCACUGCUACAGAAGCUCCUCCUGGCCACAUCCUCCCCAACAGCAAGCUCUGACGCUCUGAAGGACGGGGCCACCUGGUCCCAGACCAGCCUCAGUUCCAGAAGUCAGCGGCCUUGUGUCAAGGUGGAUGGCACCCAGGAUAAGAAGACCCCCACACUGCGGGCUCAGAGCCGGCCUUGUACGGAACUGCAUAAGCACCUCACUUCGGUGCUGCCCUGUCCCAGAGUGAAAGCCUGCUCCCCAACUCCGCACCCGAGCCCUCGGCUCCUCUCCAAAGAGGAGGAGGAGGAGGUGGGGGAGGAUUGCCCAAGCCCUUGGCCGACUCCAGCCUCGCCCCAAGACUCCCUAGCACAGGACACGGCCAGCCCCGACAGUGCCCAGCCUCCCGAGGAGGAUGUGAGGGCCAUGGUACAGCUCAUUCGCUACAUGCAUACCUACUGCCUGCCUCAGAGGAAGCUGCCCCAACGGGCCCCAGAGCCAAUCCCCCAGGCCUGCAGCAGCCUCUCCAGGCAGGUUCAACCCCGAUCCCGGCAUCCCCCCAAAGCCUUCUGGACUGAGUUCUCUAUCCUAAGGGAACUUCUGGCCCAAGAUAUCCUCUGUGAUGUUAGCAAGCCCUACCGCCUGGCCAUACCUGUCUAUGCUUCCCUCACACCUCAGUCCAGGCCCAGGCCCCCCAAGGACAGUCAGGCCUCCCCUGCCCACUCUGCCAUGGCAGAAGAGGUGAGAAUCACUGCUUCCCCCAAGAGCACCGGGCCUAGACCCAGCCUGCGUCCUCUGAGGCUGGAGGUGAAACGGGAUGUUAACAAGCCUACAAGGCAAAAGCGGGAGGAAGAUGAGGAGGAGGAGGAGGAAGAAGAAGAAGAGGAAGAAGAAAAAGAAGAGGAAGAAGAGGAGUGGGGCAGGAAGAGACCAGGUCGUGGCCUGCCAUGGACCAAACUAGGGAGGAAGAUGGACAGCUCCGUGUGCCCCGUGCGGCGCUCCAGGAGACUGAAUCCAGAGCUGGGUCCCUGGCUGACAUUCACUGAUGAGCCCUUAGGUGCUCUGCCCUCGAUGUGCCUGGAUACAGAGACCCACAACCUGGAGGAAGACCUGGGCAGCCUCACAGACAGUAGUCAAGGCCGGCAGCUCCCCCAGGGAUCCCAGAUCCCCGCCCUGGAAAGCCCCUGUGAGAGUGGGUGCGGAGACACAGAUGAAGAUCCAAGCUGCCCACAGCCCACUUCCAGAGACUCCUCCAGGUGCCUCAUGCUGGCCUUGUCACAAAGCGACUCUCUUGGCAAGAAGAGCUUUGAGGAGUCCCUGACGGUGGAGCUUUGCGGCACGGCAGGACUCACGCCACCCACCACACCUCCAUACAAGCCAAUGGAGGAGGACCCCUUCAAGCCAGACACCAAGCUCAGCCCAGGCCAAGACACAGCUCCCAGCCUUCCCUCCCCCGAGGCUCUUCCGCUCACAGCCACCCCAGGAGCUUCCCACAAGCUGCCCAAGAGGCACCCAGAGCGAAGCGAGCUCCUGUCCCAUUUGCAGCAUGCCACAACCCAACCAGUCUCACAGGCUGGCCAGAAGCGCCCCUUCUCCUGCUCCUUUGGAGACCACGACUACUGCCAGGUGCUCAGGCCAGAGGCUGCCCUGCAGAGGAAGGUGCUGCGGUCCUGGGAGCCAAUCGGGGUCCACCUUGAAGACUUGGCCCAGCAGGGUGCCCCUCUGCCAACGGAAACAAAGGCCCCUAGGAGGGAGGCAAACCAGAACUGUGACCCUACCCACAAGGACAGCAUGCAGCUAAGAGACCAUGAGAUCCGUGCCAGUCUCACAAAGCACUUUGGGCUGCUGGAGACUGCUCUGGAAGGUGAAGACCUGGCGUCCUGUAAAAGCCCGGAGUAUGACACCGUAUUUGAGGACAGCAGCAGCAGCAGUGGCGAGAGUAGCUUCCUGCUUGAGGAGGAGGAGGAAGAGGAGGAGGGAGGGGAAGAGGACGAUGAAGGAGAGGACUCAGGGGUCAGCCCUCCCUGCUCUGAUCACUGCCCCUACCAGAGCCCACCCAGUAAGGCCAGUCGGCAGCUCUGCUCCCGAAGCCGCUCCAGUUCCGGCUCCUCGUCCUGCAGCUCCUGGUCACCAGCCACCCGGAAGAACUUCAGACGUGAGAGCAGAGGGCCCUGUUCAGAUGGAACCCCAAGCGUCCGGCAUGCCAGGAAGCGGCGGGAAAAGGCCAUCGGUGAAGGCCGUGUGGUAUACAUUCGAAAUCUCUCCAGUGACAUGAGCUCUCGGGAACUAAAGAAGCGCUUUGAGGUGUUCGGUGAGAUUGUAGAGUGCCAGGUGCUGACGAGAAGUAAAAGAGGCCAGAAGCACGGUUUUAUCACCUUCCGGUGUUCAGAGCACGCUGCCCUGUCCGUGAGGAACGGCGCCACCCUGAGAAAGCGCAAUGAGCCCUCCUUCCACCUGAGCUAUGGAGGGCUCCGGCACUUCCGUUGGCCCAGAUACACUGACUAUGAUCCCACAUCUGAGGAGUCCCUUCCCUCAUCUGGGAAAAGCAAGUACGAAGCCAUGGAUUUUGACAGCUUACUGAAAGAGGCCCAGCAGAGCCUGCAUUGAUAUCAGCCUUAACCUUCGAGGAAUACCUCAAUACCUCAGACAAGGCCCUUCCAAUAUGUUUACGUUUUCAAAGAAAAGAGUAUAUGAGAAGGAGAGCGAGCGAGCGAGCGAGCGAGCGAGUGAGCGUGAGAGAUCACACAGGAGAGAGAAAGACUUGAAUCUGCUGUCGUUUCCUUUAAAAAAAAAAAAACGAAAAACAAAAACAAAUCAAUGUUUACAUUGAACAAAGCUGCUUCCGUCCGUCUGUCCGUCCGUCCGUCCGUCCGUGAGUUUCCAUGCUGUUGAUGUUCCACUGCCACGUUAGCGUCGUCCUCGCUUCCAGCGGAUCGUCCUGGGUGCGCCUCCAAGUGCUGUCAGUCGUCCUCUGCCCCUCCCACCCGACUGACUUCCUUCUGUUAGACUUGAGCUGUGUUCACAUAACAUCUUCUGUCUGUAGAGUGUGAUGAUGACAUUGUUACUUGUGAAUAGAAUCAGGAGUUAGAAACUCAUUUUUAAUUGAAGAAAAAAAAAGUAUAUCCUUAAAAAGAAAAAAAAAAAAACAAAUGUAUUUAUGGCUCUGAUUACUGUGCCUGGGAUUAACGUACUGCUUCCUUGAUUGUUUAACUAUGCACUGUCACGAGGUGUUUGCUACUGAGCUGCGCUGCUGCUUCCCUGGUCCAUGUAGUCCUGGAGAUACUGGGUGGCUUCUAAGUCCCCAGGAAAGAGGGGCUUGCCGUCACAGGUGUGAAGAAGAGAGAGGUGUCUAGGGAUCUUCUACCAAGUCCUGGUGUCUUUUGAGUGAGUUCCACUCGAGCUGUAACGAGAAUCCCUUCCCCCUGUCUACCCACACUUGGAGGGCACCUGUUUUUAGUGCUCAGAACCUUGAGUGCCUGUAGGGAAGGUGGGGUAAGCUAUGUUAGACCCAUUCCACGGGGAAAGAGGAUAUAGUGCCCUGAGAGGUGAACUGUGAAAUGUGCUGCCCAAGGUCUCACGGCAGAGCAGUGAGCCACCUCUAGCCUCCUGACUGCUGGCCCCAGCCUGCGGCAGUAGUUAGCCUAAAGAUGCAAAAGUCAGAGACUGGAGGAGUGGAAUUAGCUAAAUUGAGCAAUAGGCUAGAAGCCUAAUAGCUCACUUGAGAAUUGGGCCACCAGUUGACUCACCAGCAUUAAGGCAAAUUCAAGUUUCAGCACAGACUCAGGUGUCCCUGAGCUUCGAUCCUCGGUGUCCUGCGACUUAUCCUGCCUGUGGAUACCCCUCAAGGUUCUGAGAUCCCUGCAAGCGGUGCACAGACUUCACCUAGGGGCUGUCCUUUGCGGGCAGGGAGGGCAACUAGCAGCCCAUUCCGAUAUCCUACAGUGUCCCUGCCUGCCCCUCCUCUGUAAAGUUAGAGUUGCCGAGUGAGGGGUUGUACAGGUUGGGGGUGUGGACAAGGCACUCCCAAGGAGCAUUCACAGUGAGCUCCUCUUGACCCCGUUCUUGACUACUGUCAAAGCCAUAUCCAGUGUGACAUUCUCUGGGUCCCCAGGGGCCCUUCUCGAGGGAGAGCCGGCUCUAUGGGCAGAGUAUCAGCUCUAAUGCUUCAUAUAGAUCAGUUCCUCCUUGGUCUUGUGACAUUUUCUCUCUUUCUCCCCCUCUCCAUCCAUUCAUUCAUUGUUCUGCCAAAUAAGAAAGUUUGAUUAAUCAGCUGCUAAUGACAGGCUUAUUCCUUUGAUAAUUGGUGGUUAAUUUUUUUUUUUAAGAUUAUCAAGUACCUCAGUAGAGAAAGUGAGCCAUGAUCUUGUGCUUGGUGUUGGGAAAAGUCUUCACCUAUAGAUAAGGAGGCUGGCUCUAGCAGAAAUAGGGGAACAGAGAAUCUGUGUGUGAGAUAGAUCCCUUGGCCUCCCUAAACCCCAGGUUCCCUUUCUGUGAAAUGGACUGAGGAGCAAAUUAGACAGCAAGAAGUCUUAGCAGCUACUCAGGCAGUACAUAGUCACGCCUCCCCCCACCCCCCCCCCAUACACACACACAUCCUUGGGAUGCAAACAUAGUUAAUUGAUCAUAAACACUAAUUUUUUUGAGCCUGGUCGUGCUCUUAGAAUACACAGUGCUCUAGGCAGGCAUUAUUAAUUGGUCGGUGUUUUAACUGAUUUGACAUCCUGUUCUAAUCUUUGGAAGACUAUCAUUGUAGAGCCAUAUGCUGGCUGGUUUUUAUGCUGGCCGUUCCUGUCAUAACCUGAUCCAUGAAAAAGAAAAAAAUGCCCCUGAAGCCAUUACUCAGUAGAAGACUCCCAAACUAUUACAAAACAAAGGGGUGUGGAAAGGGAAGGGCGCAGUAGAACACGGAAUCAGAACUGGAGAAGACGUGACUUCUGAGGAUAGAUCCAAAAGGGGACUUUUCACAGUACAGACCUAAUCGUUCUGAAUUCCUUUAUUCAUUUAUUCGUUGCCUGGCAUAUGGUAGGCACAUGGAAGAUGGGUGUGGACUGGGAUGGUUCUUCAGUUGUAUCUACUAAAACCGGGGCUCUAACCACAGAGGAAAGCCAGUGAUCGCUGAAAUCACCCAAAGGGAAAGGGACCAGACAUAAUCUGGAGAGCCAUUUGAACUCUGACCCCACCAAGACCUUCUUUUGUGACUUUAUGAGUCUCUUCUUCUUGGGACCUCCAAUGUAGGAGUUGUCCAAGGAACCAUGGGCUCUUAUCUUACCAUCUGCUUCCGCAGCUACACUGAAGCCAGAUGCUGGGUCUGGAGUAAAAGAUCAAAUUCUUAAUAAACACUAAGUCUUUCUCUCUCCCAGCCAGGGUUACCUGGAGCUGACCAGUCAGUUCACUCUCUGGCACUCAAAGUCACUCAGAUGUUGUUCUUGAGCAGAACAGAGCCCUGAGCCCUACCGGAACUUCCUGGUGGGAACUGAUGCCCACCAAGACUCUCUAGUAUUCUCCACUUACCCUCUCAUAAAAAUGGACUACCAGCUCUGCAGAUAACCCCUCCUCCCCCUCUCUGGAAGAGCCAUUCGGUGCUGCAUAUAAUUUACCAAGGAGACUGUCAGGCCCCUUCGAGACCAGGAAUCCAUCUUGGUCUCUUUCCCAUCAAAUCAAGGAGUAACCCAGAGGGAGCAGCCGCCAUGGGCAACCUUCUCGUUGUAGCUGUCGUGAUGUGUCUCAAUGAUGUUUACGUGUGAUUGCCAUAGCUUCCUAUAGACUGUUGACAGCCGCCCAGGGAGGGCAGUUCUCCGUGUCAUAUCUCUGCUGUGCUGGUAUUUUCUAGAAAUGUCUGAUCCAAUCACUAAGAGGAAUUCUUCCGUCUCCUUCCUCAGUCACUACAAGGCUGAAUCAGAGUCCUCUCUCUCUCAGGGGACUCUGUUACGGAAGGAAAAUGCAUCAAAUAGGUAAAUAUGACUGAAUGGGAUACAGCCAAGGUCCCCACUCCCCAUCCCCCGACAUCACUUGUGGCCCCAGCUAGAAAAAUGCUUUGAGUCAGAAAGUACCCAUCCUAUGCCUGUGUGUCUCUGUUGAUCUUUUAGAAUCUGGUGAACAGCAAGGUUCCAGGGGUGGUGGGAGGACUGCUUUGAGCCAGCCACAAAGACUUAGUCCUCAAGUCCUAAUAUGGCAAGACAUACAGUAAGAUGUCCCUUGUGACCUCAAGCCCUGCAGGUCAGCAUCUGGGGGAAAAUGUGAUAUGCCUGCCCUGGCUGCUGUACUCGUGGUAAAUGGAGAGAAAGUGCAGCUCUCUCCAGGGUCUGUCCCAGCCUUUCGCUGACCCUGCUGCUGCAGAGGCAAGGGCACCUCUCUGUGAACUGGAGUCACCCUUAGAGGGUGUGUUGAUGUGAUUCACUGAGGUCAAAAGUAUUUUUCUUAAUGUUUGAUCCUGAGUGGCUGUGAUCAUCUUGAGAAAGCCAUAUUCCAGUGUCACGUGUGACAAUGGAAAGGGAUUGGGUGUGUGAUAAUAAAUAGAAUGAACCUGUUGGUGUCAUUAGCCAAAGAAAAGGGAUUCCUUCACCUUUGUCGCCGGGGUAGAAGGAAACUGACUACUCUUUAUGUGCAAUAUAUGUUGACACUGCCCUCCAAUUCCCUGAGAGUUUUGUACACAGAUGAGCUCCAGGACUGUUUGGAGUGUCUGGGGAUACAGGGUGAGGGCAGGGAGAGCCUGGGAGAGAAACUUCCAAGCAUAGAGAUAGCCUUGGCCUCUAGAACAGAUGGGAGUGUGGGGCAGGGUGCCCCUGACUCUAGCUGUGGAAUACCGGGACACCCGGAAAGCAGUUAGGCAGACCCUUUGCACUAAUGAUGAAAGCACUUUGAGAAAUCUGACACUUCAGCCUUGUCCCACACUCUCCUCUGGUAAAUUCUGUGUAUCCUUUAUCUGGGUGAGGUGCUGUCCUAAAGGCUAGGUUAGAGGAGAAGGAAGGGGGCUGGGUGAGAAAGAAAGCAGAGGCGUCAUUCAAGGUGAGCCUGCAGAUAGUCAGUCCUGGCCUGGUUUCUUUCUUAGAAGCUCAGGAAACAGAAGGAUCGGUUUACAUCUUGGUGCCCACUUUUAUAAAAACUGAAGAACAGCCUAGCCAAUUGCAAUGCUUUGUGGAGCAAUCUUCCCUUUAUGUUUCUUAUUUACGGUGUGACCUUAGGCCCCUGUUCCUUGAGCGAAUGAGGCUGUCCGAUGAUAACAUGAUAACAGAGCCAGGGGAGCCCAGAGUUCUACUUACUCUCUGGCUAGACCGGGGUGUGUGUAUGGGGGAAGGGCACUCCCUUCAAGGUCAUCAACCUCCAAUAGGAUGAGAUCCACACAGUCCUGGCUGAGGUGCCUUCUAUGAAGAGGCUAGCUCCCCAGGACAGAUCCAAGCCAUAGUCUAUUGUGGGAUGGUAAAGAAUUAACCCUCAUGCCUCGUUGACAACCUCCAGUCUCCAGUUAGCCUUGUCAUCGUCCCCACCGAACAGCUUUUAAUCUGAAUGUUGUGACCACUUGGCCGUCUCUUGCUUGCUUGCAGAUAAUACUAGCAAUACACUUGUUUUCUCCAAAUCGCUCAACUUAAGACAGUUUUCACACAUUGCUUUCAAAUGAUUAUAAGACACAUGGGGCCACAGGAGGCAUGGAUCACACUGCAUAUGUUUAGGGCAACUUUUAUUUUUAUUUUAUUUUAUUUUAUUUUAUUUUAUUUUAUUUUAUUUUAUUUUAUUUUUGAAUCUUUAAAGGUAUAGCAGCAGUGACCAAGCCUUUGGGAUUUGGGGAGACAAAUUUUUCACAAAGCCAUUUCAUCAGAAUGCCUUGAUUAUUGGAAGGAGUAGGAAUCCAUAUGCCCAAAUCAAGGGGCUUGCAACAUAUGGUUUCUAGGCGAUCGGUCUCUACAACAGCUCCUCUGAAAGGUAUUCACGUGGCUACAACCCCUCGUGCCAUAUUUUUAUUUCAUCAAAGGAUUCUCCAAGGAAGCCUUAAAGAGCCUCCUUUCUCCCUUCGCUGGUCUUGGGUAGUGUCCUUGUGGAGGAGCUUGGUCAGCACUUUGCCUCAUCAAUGUGUGGUCACCAACCUAGUGGCCAAAGACUGGUGUCCACCAGACACCAAGAGGGAAGGCAAAAUAAGUUCCUUUGGUCAGCCAUCAAGUCGGCCAACAUUAACUUGGCAGUGAGAUGCAGCAACUCGAGUGGGUUGUCCUACGUGUUCCGCACCAACUCAGAAAAUCGUCAGCUGCUUAGCAGCUUAUGCAGUCCAGGAAAUGCACUACUUAUCCUGUGGAAGAGGGGAUGGGGUUGAACCCAGCACCCACAUGUCCCGAGGGGUUUACUGUAACUGCAAUACUGGCAGUCUAGCUGCCAACCUUGUUAAGUGAACCUCUUCUAGGUGGCCCACAUGGUACCUUGGGGACAAGUGAAGUUAUGAAUGAGGAUUGGGGGAGAAGGGGGCCCUGGCCAUGACCUUUGAUAUUGUCCACUGAAUAGCCAAACAGGUUUGUUUGUUUGUUUGUUUGUUAAUUUUUUUUUGUAUUUUGUAUUUUUGAAUCUUGUCCAAUGUUUUUGUGUUAGGAAUAAUAAGUCAUAAACUAUUCCCACCUUGGUUUCUGAAGGGGUGUUCUGAUUCCAGUUGAAACAGGUUGGAAGUCUCAAGGGAGCAUGGUCUGAGGAGUCCAUGGGACAGGCAGUGGAGCCCGUGGGGUUCCCAGUGGUUGCUGGGAAAGAUAACCAUCCGGAAGUCCAACUCUGUGCAAGUGAUUCCAGAGGUUCGCAGCUGCCUCCUUGUCCCCUACAUCCUUUAAGCACUGGCCUAAAGCACACGCUUUUGUUAGAAGCAGCUGCUGAGGUUGAAACCAAGACUACCCAGCUCCCUAAACCCUAAAUUUCAAGAGAUGCUGUCUGUAGCUAGCCUUAAUGGAUUGGCAAGGUGGUUUCUUUGCUCCCUUCCAACAGUUCCAACUCUUGGACUCAAAACCCUUUUCUCUUAGUGUGACCAUACAGCCUAGAGAAUUUUGAGCAAUAGGGAAGCCAGGGCUUUCCUUGGCUCUACGACAGGGUCAAACCAGGGAAUGGCUAAACUUUAGAGAUUUGGUCAUACCCAGGAUACUACUGUAGGGGGCAUUAUGUAUUACGGAGCUCAACAAGGUAACUGUAACCUGGGGUGCGUGUGAGUGUAAGGCUGUGCAUGCGUGUGUGUGUGUGUGUGUGUGUGUGUGUGUGUGUGUGUGUGUGUGUUACAUUGAUGCAUUUCUUGAGAAAGGUGCAAGAAUUUCACCUAUACAGAGGGACACAUCUGCUUUAUUAUUUAUAAUAGAAGCUAAAUUUUAAUUUUUUAAAGGACACUGCUAAUGAUUGAAAAAUCGAGUUUUUAGUUUUGCUAUUUUUUUUAAUUGGUAGAAGAUUUUUAUAUAUUUUUUUCCAUUUCGUUGGGUUGUGUCCUUAUUUAUAUAAAUACUAUAUCCAUAAGAGGCGAGGAAGAAGAACUUCUUUGCUCUUAAUUAUUGUGGUUGUCAUUGUCCCUAUUUUGUUUCCGGCGUGAUUUAUCCGUCUUACCUUCUAAAUGAGCAACCGUUUUCCUGUAUUUGUACAUUGUCAGAUUCUAUAGUUUCGUAGAUAAUUUAACCAAAAUUGCUCUAUGUAUUAUUAUUCUGUGAGUAUAAAGUUCUAUUUUAACGGUCUGUAAAUACUUCAGAACUGGCUUCUUUUCUCAGCUCCCACUGGGGAGCUAUUGUUUACAUCACAAAAAACUGUAGAAUCUCUAUGCUCAUGUACUGUAAAUAGUGACGUGAUCUGCUUAUAAAUAAAACGAACAAAUACACUAUGGAAAUUAAAAAAUACCACCCACA